AGGUUUAUUAUUGUUGCAAUGACGUUCUUCUAUUUUACUGUUGUAUGUGCAAAAUAUACUUGCAAAUUGCACAUGAACAUAGAGUGUUUUCGAUAGUAUACACGCCAUGUUGUAUUCACAUUGGUGGUGUUAAUGGUGGUGGUGGUGGUAAGGAUGAUAUGUACAGACGUGUAACAUUGUUUUUUUCUACUUGGAAUCGACCUUAAAUUCCUUUGAAAUACAGCGUGAUUAAAUCAUGGCAGUAUCAGCGUGGAGUCAAAUGAUCAACUUACAUGUGUUGCACCUUCUAGUAAUCGGCAUGGGCACGAUAGUCACUGGCAGUUCAAUCCGCUUGUAUGGAGGAUCUUCAGAUAAAGAGGGCGCUGUCCAGGUCAACGUGGAAGGUGAAUGGAGGAACAUCUGCAAUGACGGAUGGGACGCAGUGGAUGCUUUGGUCACCUGCAGACAGUUGGGGUUUACUGAAGGAUAUGCAUUGAUCUUCAACGGUGACUUGUAUGAUCCUGACAUAUCCUUGAACAAACCAGAGAGGGAGACUUUCCUCACCGUUGGGACCGACUUCGCUUGCAACGGAAGUGAGGAAUCCCUCUUGACCUGCAACUACACAAAAUAUGGCGGAUAUUGUGGGCAAUGGGCCGGAGCAGUUUGUGACAUCACUCCACAACAAUUCUACGAACUGAUCACCCACAUCGGCCAGUACAAAACUCUUUUAUACACUAUCGCUCCCAAUGGCCUGGUGCUGGCCGUACAGCGACAACAGACUCGUACCCGUGUUUUGGGGGGCGUUUGCAACAUGGACGACCGCACGGCUUCGAUGAUAUGCGACGAAUAUGGAUACCAUUACGGCGGCAAGCCAACAAACUUGCCUGUUCUAGAAAACUUGCCGAUCGUAGUCAGUAAGGUGUCAUGCAGUGAUGCUUAUUGGUUAGGUGACUGCCAGGUGGACUUCUCAACGGACGGCCUGUGUGAUGGUGGGGCUUAUACAAAUGGCGUCAAGUGCUACACAACGCCGAGACCGUCCGUCAUCGGGUCACUAGCCUACGCCGCUUUAGGAACCAUUUUCAUUGUCUUAGCUGGUGCUUUUGCUAUCCACUGGAUCAGGAAAUGGACGAAUUCCCAUCUUCCCCAUUCCAAUCUCACAGAAAUUGUCGAAGAUACACCCUCAAGCAAGAAGUUGUCUCAAACUUGACCUACAAAAUAUGUGACCGUUCACCUUUCGAUGCGCCUUAACUCUCGAUCAAAUUUAUGAUCAACAUGGUCAUUUUGAAGACUAAAACAAGCAAACCUGUCUGGUUCCCUGUUUUACUAUAGUAGCGACAAAGCAACAGUAUGAAGACCCUUAGUACUGAUCUUUGUAAAAUACAAAAUGGUAGGCAGUUUCCAUGUGCAGUAUUUCAUAAUUCGCUUACAUCGGACUUGUUGGAAAUAGGUCUACCAUCUUAUGGGCGUACAUGUCUUGUACACAACAAACUGGAUGUCCCAGCAAGAAAUUAUCCCCAAUCCCUUGAGACAAAGCCUUCGGCUGAGGGAAAUAUACGAUGAUGUAAUGUAGCGUUUAGAGGAGGGUCCAUUUUGUUGCAUAA